AUGGGGACACUGAGAAAACUUAUUUUCAAUUCCACUAUUCUCUAUUCGAUGAAAAAUGUGACUAUUUGGUCAGAAAAUCUCUUUGAUGCCUUGGAUUACAUGUUUAAAACAAAACAGAUCAUUCACCGUGAUAUCAAAACGGAAAACAUUUUUGUCACAAAAGAUUUCAUUGUGAAACUUGGAGAUUUUGGGACAACACGAGAAAUUGAUCAAACAUGUACUGGAACUUUUGAUGUUGGAACAAUUCGAUAUCGCAACCCUCCACAACCU